UAAACUUCAACUGCUGUUUUCCGCUUUGUGGAAACUGCGCCUUUUCUGCUCCUUAUUCUCGGCGCUGAUUUAACAAUGUGCAAAAAACACGAGCUACAAGUGAGAGAAAGUGUCAGACGCAGCAGAAACACAGCGCUGUGACUGAAGAGAGGAGGAAGAGGAGGAGAAAGAAGAAGAAGAAGAAGAUGUAUCUAUGGCGCUUCUCCAUCGCCCUGAGCCUCGGCUUGGUGUGGUAUUUGUCAGACUGCGGCCGAAGUGUCACACAGUAUGUUUUGUGUUUCGUCUUUUGUUUUGUAAUGCCCUGUUUACUGGGCAACAGCAUGCUCGAGAGCAGCACACAGACUGACGAGGAAACCAAAGAAAACCCCCACCAGGAAAUUGCAGAGGAAGACUUGACUGAUGGAGAGAGCAGGGAGCAGGCCGAACCACUGGAGUCUCAGUAUCCACAUGUGAAGAGAUCUCUGAGGCAAGUGUUUGAGUGCGUCUAUGCUCAGCUCGUGCUGCCAUGGUACAGCGCUCCGGAGCCACUCGAGCACCAGCCACUGCACCAGGCGCUCGGCACCGAAUUUGACUCCAUUAUCGACCGCCUCGUCGAGCAAGCCAAAGACUUUGAUAUUUGCCAGGCGGUCGUGGGAUCCAUUCAUAUUCUGACCCAGCACUUGCACGACGCGAAGCAGUCCAGCAGGUACUUGGUCUUGUUCGAAGACGCAGCGGAAGAGGCCGCCGUUCUGCGGGAGUUUUCUGACGCCCUCGUGCGUAACCUGUUCCCCAAAUCUCUCUGGAGCCAUGGCAUCAACCGCUGUGCUCUAAAUGAGAUUGUUGCUUUAAAGGGGUUUGGCCUGUUGGUGGAAUGGCUGUCUGACCCCGACAACCUGAACCAGUUGAUCCUGAGUCAGCUCGACAACACCAUGCCCAAAGGUUCUGUGGACGAUCUGUGCGGUUCAGACCCCGAACAAUCCUCCCUGACCUCGGAGGAGAGCAAAGAGGACGGCGAGGACGGGGACGAGAACUCGGAGAAAGCGGAGGUUUCAGCUGGCAGUAGCAUCAAGGCCAAAAGGAAAGCCAACAAAUUAAAGCAAGGAUGGUCAAAGUUUGUCGACAAGAUCAAGUCCAAGAAGGCCAAAAAGAAGAAGAUGAAAAGGAUGGAGCAGGAGAUGAUGAUGAGGAUGAUGGCGAUCCAGGACAAUGGGUGUAGCGAUGACGACGUCAGCAGCAGAGAGGGCUCCAUUCGCAGUCAGCAGGACUCCGACAGGGAGGACAGCGAUCUGGAGAACUAUUUAACAACAGUCCAGGAGGACAUGAUGGAGUUCAAACUGUCCUACGAGAUGUGGCGCGUCGGCCGCUGGGCUGUGAGCGUCCCGCAUGCCGACUGGGAGGAUGACGAGCUAACCUUCACCGUUCACCUGGAGGAGAAAAACAGCCCCGAAAACCUGCAGUGGGACAUCAGGAAGACCUACGUGGACGUGAUUUAUUUUCGCAACAUAUGGCAGGACUCAACCACUCUGCCCACAAUCCUGCCACUGGAGGAGUCGGAGGUCGACGAGGAGCUCAAAGAAAAAGCUCGACUGUCAGUGGAGCACUUUCUGCAGGAAUUAGUCUCUGAUAAUCUGAUCGGCCACACACAACCGGUUUUCCAAUUCCUGUGUCCGCUAGACAAACUGCUGAAUGAAGAGGAACAUUAUGAAGGAGUGUGGGGCCUUCUCAGUGGCUUGGCCUACUUCCUGACUCCAGGUCAAGAGGAAGAAGAGGCCUCGAGCCCUCAGACUGAAGUCCCACGGGAAAUCCCAGUGCCACUGUCGAACCCUGGCGCCUUCACUGAGAGCGGUGUCGAUGCUCCCGCUGCUAUUGUGCCGACUAUUGUUAUCUCCAGUUGUGGGGAUUCUUCUUCUCAACCACCAGCGGAGGCAGAAGCAGAAACGCAAACAGAGUACGCCGUGAACUCUCACCCUUCAAGUAAUGGAAACUGCACUCAAGACAAAACGGAGGACUCGGACAACAAUCCCCUCACCUCUCACUUUAAGAUGAUUAUUAAAGGACUGAGCAGGUCCAAGUCGCAAGAGUCUUUGACCUCGAUAAAAUCCACCACCGAUGAAGAGCUGCCUCGUCCGGACUACUCGCCGCGCUGCAGCCAAAGAAGAAGCUCACACGGGGAGAACGCAGAAGGCCCGUCGUGGCUGCAUUUCGGGAUGAGGUCAAAUAAGAAGGAGAAGGUGUGCGUAAAGAUGUUAAAUGGACCAAUCAAGGCUAAAGGGAAGGAACAGGGCACUUCGCCAAGAGCGGAGGACGUCCAGGGUCAGAAGAGUCAAGUGGACUGGGAGCAGCUGGAGGCGACCAAAGCCAUAUUUGAUCUGCUGAAGGAAAUAUCUGGCAACUCCAUCCUCAUAAACAUAUUUGAUGCUAUUCUCAAACCUGUUAUGCCCAUCUUGAAAAAGAAAGUGAACGCUUUCUUGAAUAAGAUGAACCCCACAGAAGUGCAGAUGGCCGGGUACAUCGACACUGCGCGAGACAAACAGUGGCCAGAGUUUCAACCAGGAGCUCCCCUUCCUCCUCCUCUUCCACCUGCUCCUCCUCGCACAGAAGAGGACAAAACCAAAACCAGGGAACGAGCACAUGAGCUCAUCAAUGCCAGAUGUUCAAACUAUCUCAUUCUAAAGAAGACGGACGUGGAGUCUGUAUUUAAUCUCUUCCAGGACGUUGAAGAUAAUAAAAAACUGGUAUAUAUGCUUCUCACCUUAUUACUGAGGGAAUUUUUCCCCAAAGAGCGUUCCCUGAAGGUCGCUGCUGCUUUAAUAAAUGUGACCAAUCCGACCAACUGAUCUGUGAAACUUUGAUGGAAUUUUAUUGUUGAUACUUUUUAUUAUUUAUUAUAUAUGUUUUAAAUUUAAUUGACUUGAAGUAUUUGAGAGGACCUCUGUGUUGUUUUUUUUUUUGUAAAAAAAAUUUGUACCUGAAACAUAUCAAACAUACUGUGAAUUUUUCCUGUUUCUUUUGUUUUAAGUUUUGAACACGUUCACUCGUCCAUGUGAUGAAUCCUGACUUACAAUGUUAAAGAGUUAAACUCAGGGGAGGAGAGAUGAUAUUUCAUAUGUAGUUUGAAUUUCACCGCUCACAUUUUAGUGUCAAAUAUGUUUAUGUGUCACUUUGAGCACUGUUGCGUGGUGAGACUGUUUGAUGCUUUUUGAUCACAAGUCAAAACCAUCCUUUUUAUGAAAAUAAAAAUAGUAUAUGGCAAACGCAAUCUGUCAAAACAUGGACCAAGAACCACUGUCAAAUGAAUCUUGAAACAAAGUUCAUGUAUUCUGAAUAAAAUAUUUUAAAUAAA